UGUUGUGAUUACAAUUUACAUACUCUUUGAUGUUAUCAUUUUGAUUUUGGUUGAUACGCAUUUUUUAAAUUGUUUUGUACAGUAGAUAUUACUAUCUAUUUAUUUGGGUGUUGAAUGAAGAAGCAACAAAAUUACUUUUAGAAGCAAAAUGUUAAAACCAAAAGCUUUAACGCAAGUCUUAAGCCAAGCAAAUACUGGUGGUGUUGAAAAUACAUUAUUACUUAAUCAUCAAGGAGCGCUUUUGGCGUAUUCUGGAUACAACGAUAAAGAUGCAAGAGUCACUGCAGCUAUUGCAAGUAACGUUUGGUCUGCAUAUGAGAAGCAUGGCAGAAAUGUUUUCAAGGAAGAUAAAUUGCACUUAAUAUUAGUAGAUUGUUUAAAUGGUAAAAUAGCAAUUACCCAAGUAGCUAAUUUGCUUUUAUGUUUAUAUGCAAAAGAAACUGUUGGUUUUGGAAUACUCAAAGAAAAAAUAAGUGCAAUCGCCCAAUACUUGGAAGGUCCAUUGAAGCAAGUUGCUAGCUCAUAAAUAAUGUUAUAAUUAUUUGAAAUAUAAUUUAAUGUAUCCUUUAUAAUAUUACUUAUCAAUAUAUUUCAGGGAGCAUAAUAUAAUAAGGAACUUUCCAGUGUAUACUUAAAAGCCUCAUAAUGUCAGUGUUUGUGCCCUUCCAAGGAAGUAAGGAUAGAUGCAAUGUUUUUUCAAAAAAGUAGUUCCCAUGGGAUUUUCAAAAACCUAAAUACAAGUGUAAUAAGUAAAUCUAGUAUCAAAACCAGGCAAGGCUAUUUUAGGACCACAACCUGGAAAGUUCCUCAUUAACUAACUAUAAUUAAUAAAUGUAUUAAAACUUGUUA